GAGAGAGAGAGAGAUGCGCUCGCAGCGCUGCCCUUUGAGUGAUGUAAACAAAGCGGAGUAGAUUCAAAUUCCAGUGUAACUUUGUAUUUCUACUCAUUUUCUCGCCAAUUAUAUGUACUGCACUUGUCAUUUUUUGAGGAGCAGGCUUGGGAAGUGGGAGUAGAGGACGGCUGGCUGGUGGAGGUGGAGGCUGUGGUACGUAUCCCUUGCUGAGAGGAGGGUUUGAACCUUGCGGAUGUGCUGGGCGGGCCUGCAGCUAGUGGUGAUGGUGACAGGCCACGUCAGUUUCAGGGAGAAUGAGCAGUAAUAAAGAAAAACAAGAUGGAUUACCAGAAAUUUAUCUAAGGCCUUCAUACCAUCCUGGCCAAGGGCAUGGAGCUCAUACCUCCAGUGACACUGAGCCCAAUGCUUGGGAGGAGACUGACAGUGAGUCAUGGAGUGCUGUGGUGCCAGAAGUUACUGUUAGUUCACCUCCAUUCACUGCCUCUAGUCUGUGCCAGAGAGAGGAAAUAGAAGGUGGAUCAUCUCUUGAUAUGCCAGGUGGUGGAACUUCUCAAGAAAGGGAGACAGAGAAUAAUUCAGAAGGAACUCAGAAUAGUCCAGAAGCAGCUGUGCUACAGACACAGGAAAAUGAACAGAAGACUCAGUUGGAUAGAGGCAGAAGUCAAAUUCCAAAGCAAAGAGGAGAAACUCCUGGCUCUGAUUGUCCUCCAGUGGCUGGGAUCACUGCUUUUGUAAGAAGGUUUGGGCAGCCUCUAAAUUUAGAUACUCAGACCCAAAUAGCUCGUAGCAGUGAGCUUAUUUUCUCCCCUGGAGGAGACCAGGGAUUUAUGUUGCCUGGGGGUGUUCAUGCAUACUAUGGCAGCACUUCUGACAUAGAGACUCUUGAGUGGGCAGAUAAUGGUAGUUUAACUUUGGUGCCCAUUCGUGAUGCAGUUGAAGGUGCAGAUGCUGGGCCAAGCCCAGACCAGGCCAUGGACAGUAGUGUGGAAGACCUUGAACGCAAUUCUCCAGCUGGCCUUAGUACUCCAGAUGCAGAAAUAGAUCUUUCUGUCAAUUCAGGAAGAAGACUGGUUAGCAAAAAGCCCCAGAAAGGAAUCCGACCCCCAGCAGUAGGACAGAGCGAGGAGGUGUUGGUGCAGACUUCUCGCAAGGACUUAGGAUCAACUGAUGGUGAAGAGUCUGAGGAGGAAAUCAGAAAAAAAUCACAACCUGAGGCUACAGUAGCUGUUCUGAAUAGUGCAGAGGGUCAGUUGGGAUCCCUUGGUAGUCAGUCAGAAAACACAGACAGUUUGAGCACUGUAUUAGAGAUGAGACGGGGUGAGGUGCAAGGCUGUGAAAGAGACCAUGCUUCUAGCACUACAACUGUUUCCCCUGCACUUGGAACUGAGACAUCUCUCAUUCAGCCAACAUUUAUUGUAGGUGGUCUUAUUAGUCCCCGGGGAAAGCUGAGACAGUUCCAGGAUGCUGUGAGGGGCAGGAUGCAGGAUGUAAAAGCCUCUUUGAACUUGGUAUCAGGCAGCACUGAUGACCCACUGGACCGCCAGCACUACCUGAACCAAAUGCCACUUUGUCCUGUAAUUCCACCUUGUGAACCAGAAGUGUCUUUGGCUUCUUUGGUUUCAGUGGAGUCCACAAAUCCCCCAGAGUCUUCUGACAGAGUAACCUCUCCCUCAGUGCUCUCAGUUUCCAGUGUUGCUUCCAGUAAGCGGAUGGAAUGGGAUUCAGGUGCUGAUGUUGGCUAUCUAGGAACAAAUACACAUGUGACUCCUGCUGCUUCACUCAGCACCUUAGAGAGAAUUGCACUUGGUAGUUAUGCAUCUGUGCUCAGGACAGAACCAGAAGGCACCACCCAAGCCAAGGAAAAGCAAAGAGGGAUGAAAAAAGGAGGAAAGUCUGGAACCAUAAAAAGCAGUAACAAAGGGACUUCAAGCAAGCCUAUUAAUGAUCUGCCAGCAUCUUCCCCCUUGCAUUCAGCCAGGACUCAUCAUAGCCGGGCAGACAAGGCUUGCUUAUCUUCCAGUGAAGAAGAUUUGAGUAAUAAAUUAUCCAGCCCAACACAGAGUCCCCGCCGGCGCUUGCGUCGGCGGGCAUUGCAGACCAGCCCUCAGGAUGGAGAUGCCCCCAGUAGGAGAUCCAACAGGGCCAUGCAUUACAUCAACAGGGCACUCAAAGAAACAAAAUUAGAACAUCAUAGGGAAGGCAAAUCCUGCAGCCUAGUUGAGCUGGCCACACCAGCUGUCAGUUCUAGUAAGUGCCAAAGGAGUAACAGCCAACAGUCUCUACCUUCUGUGAGGUCCUCACACACCAGAUCUAGUGUCAGUGGUGUGGCAGAAAGAGACUCAUCAGGGACAGUAACUGGUGCCUCAUGGAAUAAAAAGGGGGAGCAGGUGGUAGCCAACACAUCCACAAGCACCAGCACCCUUGUGCAGAGUAUGUCACCUCUACCAGUGGCUGGUACCUCGGCCUGCACCAGUGUCAACCCUGCUACAACAGGCGUCUUGCAACAUCAGCUUGUAGAAAAAGAACACAAAUCUGUAACAGGUGAUUCAAGGUGCAGCUCCACAUCUUCUUUUAUAGUACAUGACAAAGAAUAUUUACAUUAUCAACAUGGAAGGCCAUCUUGGACUUCAAGUGGCAAUGACAUCAGUUCCAGAUCAGAAACAAGCUCCCCUGCAUGGCUGCCCUCACACACUGACACUGAAAGUCUUACUUCCCGGCCACUCUCAACUGAUGAACUUGGUGACCUGAAGGCUCGCAAAAACAGUGAAAAUGCAAAAAAUCAUGAAUACAUGGUUAGAAGAGGUAGCAGUAGUGACUUAGAAAGCAGGGAGGUGAGAGAAGAUAACAGCUCCUCUAGCCCAGGACACUUGACAGACAUUCAAAAUGCUGCUGCAGAUGUUGAAUCAACUCUGGAGAACCAAGUGUCCCUUCAGUCCUUCAACAAUGCCCUCCAUGCACUGUCAGUCAAGCUUCAGGAGCAUAUUCAGGCUUUGUUAGACAAUGGUUCUCUCAGAAAGGUGCAAGAUUAUAACAAAUUACAAGAUUAUGUGCGCUUUGUGGGGAUUCCAUCUGUCACAGAAGAAGAGUGUCAACUAAGGCAGGGUGUGGCAGGUGUUAUUACUCGUAUGUUUGGAGAAAUUGCCUUUGACCAUCCUCAGGUCACCACUGACACCUCAAACACUUUCACCUCAGAGACUUCUGACUCUCACACUGGUGAUCAAAGACUCCCCACUCCAGGAACUUGUGAGGAGCUGGACAUCCCAAUCCCUUGGAGCGAAUGUGGUAGCAAGAGGGAUGAACAGGAAGUUGAUAGCAGGAAGCAGGGACAGCAGGGCAGUGGAGGGAGUGAGGAUGACCAGUGUCACACCAAAGAACCAGAAGAACGGGCUGAGAGAGAGGAACAGGAAAAAUGUGUUGUUGAGCAGGAUCGGUGCACAACUCCUGGAGGCACGGUGGUGGUGGUGCCGUACCGUCCCCCAUCUGCCUCACGCACGUACUUCAUGGCUGUGUCACAUGAAUGGGAAGCAGGUCUGGUGGAAGGAGAACAUGUCCCAGCUGCUGGUAAUGCAGAUUUGUCCCGUGGCCAGGCAGAGGGCAAGCAGGAGGAAAGGGCUCCAACAGCUUCUGCUACACCUCGCUUACUAUCUGAGAAUAGUUCCAUCAAUGAAUGUGAUUCUGAAAAGCUGGUGGAUGUUGAGGGAGCCACAUUUAGGGAGGAGGACCACAAGACAGUCUCCAGCCUCCCUGGUGACCAAUACCAAUUAGGAAGGAGCCAGGACAUCAGCAGUCCUCAUUCAGAUUCUUCUCCAGGCCAUAGCAACAGUUCUCCGCUCCACACCUGGUCCAAGGAGGACCCCAGCGGUAGCCAGUGGUGGGCAGGAAGUGGCAGGUGUGAGCGGCUGUACCAGGAUCGGCAGGGUGGCUUGCAUGUAGCUCACCAACCUCCAGGUUACACUGAUGACCAUGACGACAGCCAUCCCAGUGAAUCCCUCUCAGAUCACGACCACCACCACCACCGCCAUCACAGUGGAGAGCCUGGGAGGCUGCCUGCCCAUCCUUGGACCAGCUCAGGCUCAGAAUCAGCUUAUGAGACUAUUAGGGAGAGACACAGACAUGUGGAUGAGGCUCUGGCAUCCAGCUUUGAGUUCUACUCUACCUCUCCACGUGAUGCUCGCUUACUUGGCUAUGUCUCCAGUGAGGGCCAAGAGGAAGAGGAGAGACAGAGGGUUGAAUCUCCUGUCCCACCUGAGAGCUCUACAAGAAGUGAUUCAGCCACUCAAUCCAAAACACUGAGCCGGCCUUGGCAGCACCAGCAACAGUCAGAAAGCCAGAAUUCUACUCCUUCAAGUCGCACAGAUGCCCAAGAUGUGAGCAGUCAGAUCUCCUUCAUUCAGCUUCAGAAGCAGAAGUAUGUCAGAAAGAUUCAGCGGCACAUCCAUACUCUUGAGAAACUAGAGAAAGCCUUAUUGGAUCAGCUUGGAGACAGCAUUGGCUCUGAAGGUACCUUUAAGCAGAAGGUGACCAGGGGUAACUCUGGCACAGGGUCUGACACCACUGGCAAUAUGCAUACCCAUAAUCUUCUGGGCCACUCAGAUACCACAACUAGUAGCAUCAUGUCAAGUGAAGAUAGUACACAUGCAACCAAAAAACAGAAACAUUUACCUCUUUACCUUAGGAAGGUCUCAAGAAGCACUCAUCUCUCAGGACAAGAAAAUUCAUUUCCAUCCAAUGAUGGAAAAGAAGAUACAAGGCUAUCCCAGGGACCUUCAGGCAUUUCCCAGUCAUAUUCAUCUUCACCUAGAGUUAAUAUCAGUCAGCUGAGCUCAGAUGUAAACAGUUCCAGAGCUUCAACGAUGAAGCAGGUGGAGGAUGAGGUUAGAAAGCUGGCCAGCACUGAAGAACGUUCCCGAAGAGCUGUACUACAGCCCCAUCACAGCCCAAGAUCCUGGGCUUUACACACCCAUAGCAAGAGAAUACAGAGAACAGAACUGUUGGGAGAGGGAGACCCUUUACGGUCUGGGUUCAGCAGCCAGAGUGCCCACAGUUAUAGCCCAGAAGUUACUCUGUCAGGUCAAAGGAGAUCUUCUUCAGCAGUUGAAUCCUCUGCUGCUAGGACCAUAGCAGGUGGUGGCAGCAGUUCUGAGUUACAUUCAGUACAAGCCCUUCCUAUAUCUGAGGAAAGUGGUAGUGAUCUGCCUGCCUUGGAGAGCCAGAUAUCUAGACAGGGUGAUGGUAGGGAGUCCAAGGAAAACCAGGUUGGAAAAGUUAAUCUUACUACAGUCAUAAGUGGCAGAACAUUGACCUUCAAGUCACCAGCAGCACAAGGAGUUGCUGUUUCUGAAUCUCCCACAGGUGAUGGUAUUGUGUCCAAGGACUUUGGACAGAUGUUUCCUAGUAGUGAGUUUAUUGAACAGGGGAAUGAAAGAAAAGGGGAAAGUAUUGGAGUGCAGACUGGUGACUCACUCCUGUAUGCAGGAAAGAGUUCCAGAAAAAGAGGAAGCAGGAUCUCAGUCAGUUCUAGUGAGAGGGAGAGCACAACUGAGUCACUGAAAAAUAGGGAGAUCUGGGGUAAAGUUAAGCAGUCCUCUCAUGCUAAUCAAGACACUGAUUACACUAAAAAGCAUAUUGGAAAAUCCAGCCAUGAAAAAAUCACAAAUAAGAUUAAACCUGUUUCAAAUAGGAAAUAUCAUGCUGAGAAGACUUACAAAUCUAGUGAAAUUAGCAAGGAUAAGGAAAUGGUAAAGGGGAUGAAAAACAAUAAGGAAUCAAGAUCUAAAUCAUGUGAGCAGUUAAGCACUGCCAGUAAAAAAAUAAGUGUAAAGUUAUCAAAAAAAGAAACAUUAAGCAACAAGCCUGUACCUUCAAGAAAACAUAAAGAUGUGACAAAGUCAAGGAAAGAGGAGAGAGCUAGACUGGGAAACAGAUCAGUCCCCUUUAAAGAUAAACCAACGCCAAAAUCAGGUAGUGAAGACAGGACACUUAGUAGUCAGUCUUCCUUGUCCCACUCAGUUGAGAGCAUCAGCCUGGAAUCCUGUGAACAUGGUGGAACAUCAUCAGGUAAGGCUGGGUCAGUUCAGAAUGAAGGAGAGUAUUACCAUAGUAAUGAUGGAAACAGUUUCUCUACUGAGUAUUCAAAAGAAACUGAGCAGCAUCCACAAUCUGAUCUUGCAUGUAGUAUCAGUGAAGACACCAGCCAAAGCCACCAUUCUCCUCUAGGGAGACAAAAUUACAAUAAAAAUGGCCAGUCUAGCAUAAAAGAACCUAUAGAGGGCCUCAAAGGAGGGACUGAAGAAUCACCAGCCUCAGUACCACCUGGAUGGUUGUUAAUCUCCCCUCCUGUGCCCAAGGAUAGAUCUAAGCAAAAAGGUAAACCUUCACUAAUUAAUGAUGGAAAGUCCAAAUCAAUAAAGAAUCUUAACAACUGUAGACCAUCUCAGAGCAAAAUAGAGGAAGACCUUAACAGAGCAAAUCUUGUGAAAAACCACACACAGGAAGAGGCAGAUACUCUCAUCACUAGCAAGGAGAAUGGUACACCAAGACUGGGGGAGCAUACAAAGCCAGUGACACUGAAAGUUGGAUGGGUGGAAGAUAAACAAAUGUGUGAGCAGAAGAAACCAGUCACAUUUGAAGUAACUUUUCCUAAACAAGUGAAUAAAUAUGUAAAGUCAAAGCCACCAGCCUUCACCAGUACCACCACCACCUUUCACUCCACCAAAAAAACCAUGACACUUCAGGAGGCACUGGCCAUGGCUCGACCAGAUUACCUACGAGAGGCAGGUGACCGUACUGCUCUGAUUCGACUGAAGCGUGAGAUGCGACAGGCAACUCAGACCCAAAACCAUCAAGUGCUGGCCCAACUGCCACCUAAUUUACAGACUCCUUCUACCCUCCAACGCUUCCUUUAUAAGUCAGAUUUGGGACCACUAUUCUCCUAUAAGGAUAUUAGAGAGCAGAACCAGAGGCUUUACAGUUUGCUGCCAGAAGCCAAAGCACCAGGAGCCAGGCAGCAUCUUUCUGCAGUCCGCCACACAAACAGGCUCUUAGCCAAUCUUUAUAGCCAGCGGCUGAGGAAAAAGGUGAUUCAAGGGCGGGUCUCACACGCCCACAAGGAGGUGGUUACUCCCCUCGUACACCGUGUCCUCCAACAGUGAAACUUCUGUCCUGUCGAGACACACCACCUCUAGCAGGAUAGCCUGCAUUCUAUAUUAUUUGCUAGUGACUGAUUGAAAUGUUUUAUUGUUAUAUUAAAUUUCCCAUGUUCAUAUGCUAUUAGUAUUGUGCUGUAUUCAUGUAUUGACUGUAAAACCUAAUACUCUGUUUCAGUCAUUAAUUUUUUUUUAUUCAUUGCUAAAAUGUAUAUACUCAUCCUUAAUCGUACAAAAUUGCUUUUAUUGCUGUACAGUACAAAUUUUUGUUAAUGAUGUAGUACACUUACAAAUUUACUACAGAAGUAUUUAUAUUUACAAUGUAUUUUUAUAAUCCCUGCAUGUUCUGGAAGAAUACAUGAAAGUGACCUGAAAGUCACUUUUGGGAAAUCAUUAUCUCUGUGGAACCUGAAUAUACUUAUAUAGACACCUUGUCUUGGCUAAUACCCAUUAAAAGGAAUAUUGGCACAACAUAUACAUAUAUAGAUGAUACAAGAAUAAACACUAUCUCAAGGAUAAAUCUUAUCAUAUUACCUGUAUAUCAACAGAAGUCUUAGCAGUGCUGUUGAAAUAACAUGGCAAAGUUUAGCAUGUGUGUUCCAGUGAAUGCAUAAACUGAUUCUGGUGCAUUCUCCUUAUGUGGUAUGGUAAAGAAAUAUAAAAAUAUCAAUGCUGUCUAGCAAUAAACUCAACAGUACUCAGGAAAGAAGUAAUGAUGUCUAUUCAGAUGUGUACCACUGAAAAUACUUAAGUGUCCUUUCAUUUGAAUAUAUGUUGAUGUACUAGUUUAUAUCACUUUCAUGUACAGUAGUAUGAUUAUAGUAGCAGGUGAUUUCACUCAAGCAAACUAUCUUGUUUUUACCCCUCUCUCAAAUUUAAAAGGUUGAUAUUUGUAACUAUCUUUAGCAGGAGCAUUUUGGCUUCCAGAUUUAGGUAUAAGAAAUCCAAAAUCAUAUAGAAAUAUAUUUUCUUACAUUGAAAUAAACUACAUACUUCCGAAA